UGGAGAGCCGAUCAAGCAUAGGAUAGUUAUAUUAGGAUACUGAAUGGAACUCUAUUUGGAAUUGGUGUAUUCGAGGGUUCAGGUAGCACAUGUGUUAACUAUCAACUGAUCAUGCUGUGUUUGUGUCACAUGCUUUUCUCAACCACGCUGUGUCACUGCCAUUCAUUCAGGGAUGUGUCGCCGUCAGUACACACUGACGUAGCAGGAUAAAUCCAUCCGUUGACCGGACCCCUAAAGGGGAACGACACAUUCACCAAUCUAAAGGUAUCAGAGUGCUUCAAAUUUUGAAGGAUAGUUUUAGGCGAAUGAGAAGAGAAUGAAGAGCGCAGUGGAUUAUUUUUUAACAUCUUAGUAAUUUCUAGGAUAAAUGGAUCAGUGUGAAUGUGCGUUAUGAUAUUCAUUGGAUAAAGUAUGAGUUCUAAAACGGAUUUACACCACUCUGAUAGGUUUUCCAGAACUCGCUCCUGGUCUAUAAAGGAUGUUCUGGAGAGGAAGAUUGAGGACCUCACUCGGAAACUUAGUGAGGAGAGACACAACGCCAGGAAAGAAAAGCAACAAGUGGCUAAGUUACAGCGUGACAUCGCACGUCAAAAAGGGGAGAGAACUGGGAAGGACACCCUAAUGAAGGACCUGGAGCGAGAGAGGCUGGUCCGGGCGGAGCUGGAACAGAAACUCCGCUCCAUGACGGAGGAGAACAGUAACUGCCGGUCUCGUCUUCACUCUCUCCAACAGGAGUUCAAAAGGAUGGAGGAGACUGUGAGAAAUAUGAUGCAGUACAAGUCAAAGAUUGACCAGCUGAAGCAGGAGAAGUCCAGUCUGUCCGUUACUUAUGAGAACAAUAUGCACAAGUACCGCAACCACAUAAGCACACUGGAGAGGGAAAACAUCAUGCUUCUCAACGAUGUCAAGCGCUUUGAGUCACAGCCAAUCAGUGGAAAGACAGAUGAUCGUACGAAACUGUUACUGGGUCGACUCAAAAUGCUUGAAUCGGAGAACUCCGCUUUAGUGAUGGAGAAUGAACAGCAACGACAACAAUAUGAGAAAUGUCUUGAUGAGAUAGCCAAUCAGGUGGUCCAGGCCUUACUGGCUCAAAAGACUCUCCGUGAGGAGUGUUUAAAGCUACAAGGACGAGUCCAAGACCUGGAGUACCAGAACCAUGAACUCAACAGCAUGUUCCAACAGAAGCUGAAGUAUGACCCAGCCAUUCAAGAUGUGGGCCUACCCAGUGUUACCAUGACAACAGUGAGCGAAGGGACCAGCGUGGUCGCCACACCUGAACAGAUGCAUGCCACAGCCAUGGCCCUUGCCCAGACCAUGCAUCUAUCUCCUAUGUCUCAAUACGUCCUCCAGACUAAGGUGGCCCAGAAGUGCCUCGGCCAGUACAUGCCAGGGGAGAGCACUGACUCUCUACACAGUAUCUGUAGUAACUAUACCUGUGAUGAAAGCAUAGGAAAACCCCAAAUGAGUUUGCCUGUUUGGUCUGCGGAGCACAGUGGUCCUCCAAAGAAACUUCAUGGUCAUUCAUCCUCGGUUGGCUCGACCAAGGCACCCCCUGGUGGUGAAUCUAACAACGAAUUCAAUUGUAGGACAAAAAUAGAAACUGAGUUCCCUGCAAAUAAUUCAAGUCCGAAAAUGAAACAUGUCAAUAUAAUGGAACGAGCCAAUCAAAAACGACAACGAAGCUCCUCUACUUCCUCUCUACAAUCAAACUCAAGGUCGGCCAAAACUAGGUCGACGGCUUCACUCAAUAAGAGUAAACUAGCCGUGUCAAGUGGGUCAAAAGUGUCGCUGUCUGGGAGUCAACGUGAACUCUGUAUACAGAAUGAAGCAAUGUCAGGAAAACGUAGCAUAUCCCACCCCGACCACAUAGAUAAAGGCGUGACAAAUACUCACGCUCCGAAAUCUGUCCGAAAUCAACAACAAAGUGGAUCGGCUGGGAAAUGUAACCAGUUUCAACAACGAGAACGGUCUUCCUCAGCCUCGUCCAUACCUAUUAAAAGGGGUAGUAGUUCAGGGUGUGGGAAAAUGCAGAAGUCCAUUCCUCAAGGAUCUUCACACUCCAAACUUCCCUUAAAAUCUCAGGAACCAAAUGAUAAUUUGUUCAAACACAAGAAAUUCUCAGACAAUGUGAAAUCUAACAGUUGUGGCAAAGUUCAAGGUCACAGGAUACGAAAGGAAAUGGAUUUAAAGGUCAUGACCUCUAGUGCUGGGGCUGACGUGAAAGACAGGAUGGCAGCGUUGCGUCAAACUUUUGGGACUCCACCACGGGUUCCCUUGCUGCCGAACGGCCAGUAUUUCUACGACUACAGUGAUGAUGACAGUGACUUUAAUCGUCCUGUAUCGGCAGACUUCAGCAAUACCUCAACAAUAUCACUAAAUGAAAUCUUAGACAAUAGUGAUGAUACUGACACGUUACUUGAGGAAGAUUUUACAACAGAAAACUUCGCCUUCUUUGAAUCCCCGUCUUUUGUGAAAAAACACCAUAGACAGUAUGAUCGGCAGAAAUCACGGGGUGAUUCUAAGAACGUGGAAAUUCAUGAGAAAGGUGCUAGACUUCAUGGUAAACCUGAUAUUAUACAGGAUACAGAAAAUAGUGAACUUCAGAACCAAGGGAAAUGCCCAAGAAGUCCUUACAUUCCAAAGAAACGAAAUUCCUUGCAGCAUAGUAAACGGAAACAAAAUACCCCACGUCCUAGCUCACUUAUUUUAGCUCCCAGAGAAAAACAGUUCAUGCAUCAACGAUACAGUUCUUCCUCCUCCAGUUUAGAGAGUUCUGACAGCGAUGAAAAUUGGUCGCCAAGGUUUGCGAGAAAGUAUCAUCAAAUAAAACAGGGUAGGGUUAAAUCGCGAUCGCAGGCAAAUCAUACUUCCUCGGAAAGUACUCCAUCUCCACCCAAUGUUUCUUCAAAACUCCAUGCAGGAGAGACAUUGGAAAACACGAAAACUGUGCAUCAUGAUUUCAUAUCUCCAGAGAGGCCUGCUGUUGUAAUGACAAGUUCAUCAGAAAGUGCUGGUCCACACCUAACAAAUUCUCUCACAAAGAGAAAGGGACCACCUCCUCCUGUCCCCAACAAACCGUCGACAGGUAGGAGAUCGCCAGGAAUUCGUAUGGGGCUACAGUCCCCAGGAUUCAGAUACAAUAAGAAGGAAACUGGUAUAGUACAGGAUUUAAAAGAUGUGAUACCAAAAUGUCCGGAGAUUAAAACCGACACCUAUAAUUCACAACAUGUGGAAUACACAACAAGUGCUGUCGAACCCCAAAUUGAGGUUCAAAUGAAUCAAAAAAUUAUUGUGUCAGCUGAGCUCAGUUUUGAGAAAGCUGAAAAAGUUGAAAGAUCAGGCAGUAAGGAUGAUGGCUAUUCCACAAUGUCAAGUGAUAUUCAACCAGAAGCUAUGGAGAAAUUUAAUGAUACUUCCGUACAAAAUAAGGAAUCUGGUGCGAGGAAAGAGAUUGCGGCCAAGGUGGAGGAGCCUCAACCUACUGCUGUGACAGUGGUUAAAGUAAGUAAGGCAGAUUUGACCUCUGACCUUGAUUCCGCCAUGGAUAGUUCAACUCACAGCACAGAAAUGAGAAAUUCCACCCAUAGUCUUUCAUCACAAAAUUCUAAUUCCAGUGAAGAUCGUGCGGCUGUGUGUGGGUCUUUAGGACGAGUCAAGGCUAUGAAAAUCCUAUUCGAGGCGGAAAAUCAAAAACAAAAUGAGAGCAAGUUCAUGAAAUUCCCUCUGAGGAAAUCUCCGUCGAUGGACAGUAAGCUUAGUGGUUGUAAUAAGGAAGCACAAGAACGGAGAAAUCUCAAUCGUAGGUCUCUUGGUGAUGACUUUAAAAUGUUUGUCCCUGAAAUACAUCACAACCACUGGAGUUCAGAGGUCAAUAAAGUGAGUACGGAGGAGUCGCCAGUAGAAUCGGUGAUCACAACGGACGAUAUGAAUAUUCCUGGGCUAGAGCCGGACGAAGAGGAGGGAAAUGAUGAAAGGAACUCUCUACCAUCACUUCCUGUUUUCCAUCAUGUUCAAACACUUAACAUCAGCGAGGAGAAUUUCCUUUCUGAUAUUCCGGAGGAGAAGGACGAAUGGGAGGCUUCAACUAACUCGUGUGACAGACUACUCGAAGAUUCGCUUCGUAAUCUCCAGUCCUCAACAAAAUAUUAUGCUCAUCUUCAGCUUCUACAGACCUUUAGUGUUAAACGGUAUUGGUGCUCCACGGAAGGUCUGGCCAGGGUUCUGUCUGACAGUGACCUUUCUUCACUCUCGAGGGUCAAGGACAUCAACAUAUUGGAUGACCUUAUGGUUGAUAGCAAGGUCACAAAGCCUCUUGAGAGGUCCGUUUCCUUAUCAGAUAUGUACACAAAACGGACAGAAAUUGUCUCCAAGAUGAAAGUCAUCCCCAAACUGAGUAGAAGGUCAUCGAAAGCUGGAGGACAGGAAAAGGAUGCCAUGAAAAGACAGAUUCUUCAACAGUUGGCUCAUGAGGUUGAAAGUGAAUCUGACGAGGACAACUCUGCUAAUCAAUUUCAUUCACUGCUGAUACAGAACCAGAUACGGAACAAAGAACAGGUAACUUGUCAGUUGGGAUCAAAUGGUGAACAUUCCGCCUCCUCACAUUUCAUGGAUCCCCAAGAUAAUGGUUCCCAUGACGAUCUGUCGACUUCACCAGAAGUGAGAGCGCCAUCUGGUGAAUUGUCUAUGGAACAUAUAGUGCUGCCCUCUGGUGAAGAUAUGAUUGGUGAACAAGGGAGACAAUCCAGUAGCAAAGAGGCCAGCCCAGCCCCUGACAUUGAACAACAGGGCAAGUUUCGUAGUGAUUAUUACAGUCUUUGUAAUGUCGGUUCUAAUCGUAGUUUGUUGUCAAGUGGAAACGAAGCCGACUUGGAUGUGCAACCAGUCAGUGAACCUCUUCCACACACCUGCCAAAAUGGAGACCGUGAAAAUUGUAAACAGUGUUGUAUCCAUGGAAACAAUCAGGAGUUUGAUGAGAUUUCGCGACAGUUAGAAAGUCUGUCCAAGACGGUCAAUGCGCUACAUCAAAGCUUGACCAGUCUUAAUAGCUGUGAUACAGACAAUGAUUCAAACGAGGAUCAUUCCGAGCUGUUUAACACACCGGCUGAGGAUUAUAAAGACACUGAAGGUUAUCAAUGGGUGGAAGAUGAGUUUUAUCUAACUCCCUGCGGCGGAGAAUUAAUCAUGGGAAACUCACCGUUUUCAGAGACCGGGGCAUGUUGUGAUUGGGUGAAUGAGUAUGCAGACGACACUUCGUGUAAUGAUGAAUUUGAAUUUUAUGGGAAUUUUUCGUCGGCCGAUAUUGGAGUGUUCAAUGAAGAAAAGUCUGUUUAUCCUACAAUUACUGAAGAGGAGAAGGAUGUUGAUACCUGUAUGCCAGUGCCAUCUGCUGGUACCAGGGGAGUUAACUCACCCAAAGUCAAAAGGCCUGCAAAAUUAAGUCAUCCAUUGGAACGAACACAAUCUGAAAACAUGGGCGUGCUUGACUCACAGACCAGGGCGGCCAUGUUGGAUUCCAUGAUUCAGUUGAGCGGAGGCAGUAUGGAUAGUUUAGAUGAUAACAUCGGAGUGGACCAUGUCAUGUGUUCACGGCUCAUCGGCAGGGGAGAUAAAAUAGAAGCACUGAGGUCACCCACCAAGGUCAAUCGUCCUGCCAUGGAUCUAUCCAAAUUCUUCCUCAGGUUUGGUGACAAGGAGAUGGAAGCCAUGGCAGCUUUCGAUUUUCUUAAUGACAUGACACCUUCUCCUAACCCAGUGCAUCAUCCACCAACUGGCCAAUCAGAAGCCAAGCCUCAGGAGAGACAGCCAAUCACUGAAACCGUGGUAGCUCCUGAGGAAUCUCGGACAGAACAUGUGAUAAUGCCUCAGGCAGUGCCUACAAAAUCUAGUGCGGAGCAAAAAGAAACUAGUUCCCAGCUGAAAUCAAAACCUCAAGUUACAAAACAGGCCCAAGGGACAGGAAAGAUAACUCCUGCUCUCAAACAAGCUCAGAGAUUUGCUGCAGGAUCACCAACAGCUAUCGGCAUGCACUCGCAUAGAAACGAAGCCAAAAGUGCUCAGAAACAAGACCAUGGAUUGGCUGAGAAAAAUUCUUUGAAACAAGGACAGGGGAUGGCUGUAGGGUCAAUUGGUGCUCAAAAACACACAAUGGGGCUGAUUGUUCACAAAACUCUGUCUUCAUCCCAGCAACAACAUCAGGAACCUUCUACCAAAGUGCCUAAUGCCACAGAGGGCAAGAUCGCUCACCAGAAAACAGACACUUCAAAGUCACAUGGUUCUGCUUCAGACAGGAACCAAACAGGGACCAAUGCACCUGUUUCUUCCCCUAAGCCUUCCCGUAUGGGUUUCUUUCGUAGAAAAACCACCUAGCUCUGAAAAGAAGACAAAUGUUGAAGAAAAACCUUCUAAACUACCUAAGAAAUUUUCUCAGAAUUCGAAAGAGAAAGAAAAAGAAAAGGACAAAUCAAAAAUUCCGAAAGCUGUUAAACAGGAUCAAGUACAAAGUAAACCUACUCGUAGAUUUCUAAGAUCUAGUGGAAAGUCCUCGUCUGUUACAAAUAUAUCUUCCUCUUCCAGCCUGAAGUGAGAGCUCACAAAAGGGAGGCAACUCAAGGGUCCAAGGGAGAUAACUAGGGCAGGGAUUAAACAAAAAAAAAUUAUCAGGAACAUUUUCGUAUAUGAUAUUUACUAGUUAAAUUUCAUUUAAUUCAUGUGUAAUUUAUAAAUACUCACGUAACAUAAAAUGAAGCCAGCAAGUUUUAGGAAGGCAUAAAAAGACAUUUUUAACUUUAUCAGCAGAGAGUAGCAAACAUACCUUUAUCGCUUCAUCUUGGACUCUUUUCGAAUUCUUCCAAUUUCUUUUUUUCGUUUUGAUAUUGUUUUUAUAUCACUAUUCUAACUGUAUAACCAAUAUUUUGCAAAUCGUUUCCGUAUUUUGCUUAUCGAUAUUUCGUUGGAAAAAGAAUGGAAGGAUAGUUCCAAGAUGGAGCAGAAGGUAUCAAAACAUCCUUUGAAAUGCAUAAUAUUUUGUGAUUUUCGAUACAGAUUCAAUGUUAUGGUUCUCUAUAGAUAUUAACAAUCAUUAAGCUACAUACACUUGUACGUAAAAGGUACUUAUAGAGUUGGUAUUCGGAUAAACAUCCUGAAAUGGCUGCCUUGGAGAGAGUAUAUUUAGCAUUACAUUAAAGAGGUUUUUACUCUCACGUCGGUAUCCAGAUGUAUGGCUGCUGUUUUUGGUCAUAAAAUCAAAUGUUUUUGUCAAUGUUGAAAUUCAUGUUCUGGAUUUGCAAAGAAGAGAAUGUAUAAAAACAAAUUUGAAACACCUUAUGUAAAAAAAAAUCGUCAAUAAAUUGAUAAUGUCAGCAUUAAUAUGAUACCGGAGUUUUGAUAAUAACACAAUUAUGGUACUAUUGUAAAAGGUGUAACGAAAAAUUGUCAGAUUUAUUAAAAUGCCUACGGUAAUUCUUAUUCAAAUUUAAUUUGGUAGUUUUAUACAUAUACUUUGAAACUGGGAAGUCAUUUUGGCUGAAUAAUUACAUGUCUGACAUUAAUUGAUAGAUAGAUAACAUAAAUUGUUUAUUUCAAUGUUUUAUCAAGAGAGCAUACUCAAUCAUUCAAGGCAACAACAUUCAAGUAAAAAAUCAUGUCAUAUAUUUUUCAUCAUGUUCAUUUUGUGACAAAAUUUUAAGAUGCCAUUUAGAAAAUAUAAAAAAGUCCAGUUCUGUAACAAAACGUUGUGUAUGAUAUAUUAUGGUGUGCAUAACUGAAUAUAUAAUCAUGUUUUAUACAGGACCGCUAAUAUUUUAUAAAAAAAAAUACAGACAUUGUUCAUCAUGUGCCAUGUUAAGAACCAUUGCGUAUAAAUUUUGUACAACACCAUUUUGGGGAAUCAUUUUUAUACCUACAUAUACACCGCACAGAUUUUAUAAUGUUUUUUGAAGCAUUUUAUUGCAAUCUAUGCAAAAGAUCAUUUUUUUUAAAAAUCAUUUUUUAAACAAUUUGUCCAUAAUUCCACCAUUCCUUUGCCAAGCGAUACAAGAAUGACCGUAACAGUUGGAAGAAAGUUGUGUUCACAAGAUUAGAGGCGAGCAAAUCCUGCAAUUUUUGCUGCUUCUCUAUAAAAGGAGUUAAUAUUGGUGCAAACACUAGUUUAGAUAUUCAUUGUUGAAGUCCUGAAAGCCUUCCUGUUGGGUAUUCAAUCUUUUUAUAAAGCAGAGUUAUCUACCCUUGUGAGCAAUUAUCGAUUGAUUUUAAAUUUGUUUGUUAGAGUAAUGUAAUGAAUUAGUGAGAAAACAACAUAGUUUUCUCACGCAAAUUGUUGAUGCAACGAUCAAUGUUUGCUUACAAGGGCAGAUAACUCUGAAUUACGAAAAGACAGGAUGUACGUUUCAUGAGCAUGAUAGAAUAUAUAUAAUGUUUAGUUGAGGUGAGAGUCAGGUAUGAACAAAGAGUAUGUAAAAUACAAUGGGAAAUCAUUCAGUUAUAAAUGUAUUUCAUUUUAUACGAAUGACCUACAUUUGACUACACCAUUUUUAAUAGGUUCCUAAUAACCAGUUAGAGCAUUUUUGUCUUAAACUUGGUGGGUUUCAUUAAGAUAACUACAUUUUUUUUUUAUUAUUUGAUAAAAAUUGUUAUGAAUGCAACAAAUUUAAAUCCGUUGCUUAUAUAAUUAUUCUACCUUCUCUACUUUGGCAUCGAUCUAAACCAAAAAAAAUUGUCAGAUUUCAUAACAUUGAAUGGACAACACGGUUCUGGUUGGUAAAUAUCGUGCUUAAUACUGUAGUGGGUUUUUAUUGGUUUGAUAAAUUUUGAUAUUUCACUGGUAAAAAUGGAAUUCAACAGUUAUAGGGCAUUGAUACCAGUUAUUGUCAUUAUAACAAUAGACGAUCUGGAAUCGAUUGUAUUGUAGUUCCUAGGGUAGGACGUACAUAUUGAUGUGAUGUUUGUAGAUUAUAUAUGCAUGUUCAUAUCUCUUGGUGUUGUGGGGUCAGGAGUACAUUUUGUGAAUGUAUCGAGCCAUAUAGAUUGUGACGUCCCAGACACCAUUACCUCUCUUACGGUCGUUAUACCCAUCAUGCACCAGCAGCGUCAUUUUCAGAAAUUAUUUAUAUAGAUGUUUGAUCUUGUAUGGAAUGUGAAGUUCUCUUCUGCCACUGUCACCAAUAUUGUUGAACCUGAGGAUUAUUUGCUUAUUUUCGUAACAGAUUUUAUAUAUUUAAUCACAAGGAGAGAAAUAUUCUGAUUUGUUUUUAAGGUUAAAACAACUGAAUUUGUAUUUUACUAUUUGUGAAGAAGCAUUAAACACACAAUAAUUUUAUUGGACAUUUAACAUAAAAAAUCAAGAUUGACUCACUUAUAUGUGUAUUGUCAAUGAAUUUAAUUGUGUGCUUAUACAGCCAGAUGAUAACAAAACAUCUGUUUAAUGAAAUAUUGACUUUUAUUAAAUAAUAAAGGAGAUACCAAGCUCUCCAGAAAAUAUGAGGAGUUUAUUUCUACUUUGGGAAACAUUGAAGAAAGGGAGAUAAUUUGAUAUUGAUUUAGGACAAAUUUUAAUACCCUGAGAUACAACUAGACUUUUACCCAUCUUAUAGACUAAGAUAUACCUAGAUUUUAAUGGUACAUAUGUACACGGCCUGUUGAUGUAUUUAUAGAUUGAUUUAAUUAAGAAUAUGUUGGAUUUUGGUUCAAUAGAAGUAUAGAUAUUGUUGGAUGUUGAAGGAGAAUGGUUUGUCUGUGAUGAUUUUGUCUGUCUCUAUUGUAUAGAAGUUUAUCACAUUGUCCUGUUCACAGUUGAUGGAACAGGACAGAUCAUGCCUUGUUAACAAGGCCAUAUUUAUCACAUCGCCUUGUUCACCAGUAGAAGGAACAGGACAGAUCAUGCCUUGUUAACAAGGCCAUAUUUAUCAAAUCGUCCUGUUCACCAGUAGAAGGAACAUGACAGAUCAUGCCUUGUUAACAAGGCCAUAUUUAUCACAUCGCCUUGUUCACUAGUUGAUGGAACAGGAUAUAUCAUGCCUUGUGAACAAGGCCAUAUUUAUUGUGUAAUUGUUUCAUAUGUAUCGAAGUUUACUUGUGGGAGUAGAAAAUGAAUUAAUUGCUAUUUAAAUUGAUAUAAAACUUUGUUAUUUGUAUAAUCUUUGAUAUGUCAUGGUCAUAACACCUAUAUAGCAUUUAUAUAUAGUUUGUUUAUACUUCGUGAAUCUAGUUUUUAUAACUAGCUCAGGUUGUUAAUUAUCUAUUCACAGACAAACCAGUUUGGUAGGUUUUAUGUGUAUUUAUUCUGAUUUAAAAAAAACAAACUCAUCAGUCUAUUAUCUCCCUUGAGAUAAAAACAAAAACAAAAUGAAAUUGGAAAUCCCCGAAAAACAGUACCUCCUUAAAUUUUCAAGCCAAGUGUCAUAAUCAGUUUACUGAUAUUUGGCAUAAGUAAUAUGACAAUGCAUGUUUUAUUUUGGAUCAUACCUAUGGAUUAAUUAAGGUACAGACUCCGGAGGGUACAAUGUCCUGUCUGGUUACCUAGGUGAUGACAGGUAAAUCAAACGCUGUACCUGUUCAACACAAAUCCUUUGUUUGUUAUUCAAGCAUAACAUAAUUGUAUGAACUAUUUAUGACCUGUACUUCAAUCAUACCAUGUGCUAUUCAGAAUUACACACUGAGGUCAGUAAAUAUAUAGUAACAAUUAUCUAAUUAUCAUGUAGCCUGUUAAUGAAGAAUUUUGUGUUAUGAUUGCGUUUUUCGUCAUAUCAUGAUGAUAUAUAUACAUGUGUGUGUGUGCAUGUACGUGUAUACGUAGCUAUAUUUAUGACGUUGCUAUGACAACCUUUUGUAAGCUCCCAAAAUGGAUACCCGACAAUAAUUAAAUUGAAUAAAAGAACCCAAUAUGUA